AUGGAGGUGAGAUUAACCUUGGUUCCUCCAUGAAUCAUCCAGCUCAGAGUAGAGCUUGUUGAUGUGACCUAUUAGAACGCAGCAUGCAGUUCUUCUACAUUUGACAUUUUAGUCAUUUAGCAGACGCUCUUAUCCAGAGCGACUUACAGUUAGUGAGUGCAUACAUUAUUAUAAAAAAAUAAAAAAUAAAAAAUUCAUACUGGCCCCCCGUGGGAAUCGAACCCACAACCCUGGUGUUGCAAACGCCAUGCUCUACCAACUGAGCUACAUCCCUGCCGGCCAUUCCCUCCCCUACCCUGGACGACGCCGCCCCCACCCCCAUGGGUCACCCGGUCGCGGCCUGGAUUCGAACCAGGAUCUCUAGUGGCACAGCUAGCACUGCGAUGCAGGACCACGCUAUGAGAAGGGUAUCACACAGUGGAAUGGAAAACAUUUCAAUAUCUUUGUUGGUUUCUUGUGAAAAACAAAUAUGAACCAAAUUGUUUGUUUAGCAAGAGACUGUAUGGGAAAGUAACUCAUUAUUUUUCUGGUACUUAGAUUGUAAAUUGCCCAGUGAAAAGAAAACCCUGACAGUGAUUUUCUGUGGUGUAUUAUGACUGAUAUGCUAAACAGUGGGAAGUUUGUUUCCACAAACACAAAACAAAAGUCAGGCUAAAGUAGUUUCACAUAAUUGUCAGUGUUACUUUGUUAUUGGCGUGGAAGAUCAUACAACUCUGCGAUACUAGAUAUAAAUACAGAAUCAUCAUUCUGAGAUAUUACAUUAUGCAUUGGAAUUCAGUGUUUCCCCUACUAUCACCAGACUGGGGUCGGGCUGCCAUUCUGUUACCGCCCCCCCCCCCCCCCCCCCCCCCCCCCCCUCCUCCCCCCUUUCUUCAUUGUUGGCAGCUGCCUUGACAACCUGAGUAAAGAGGAAAGCAUCUAUCUAAGAGACUUUGCAUUUGGGUCCAAUGUUUUCUUCUCAUUAAUCACUCUAAAGUAUUUGAAGGCCAGAGACAAACUGCAAGACAGUAAUAGUAUGAAAGGACUAUCUGUGUCGGUUUCUUUUUUAAGUGAUGAAUCUGUCAUUCAUUCAUUACUAUCUUCAUUAAUUAUUAUUAUGACUAUUAUUAUUAUUAUAAUCUUCCUGUCUGUUGUCCCCCUCCAGAUCAACAUGUUUGUGGAAGGGUUCCAUGAUGCAUUGCUGCUGUACGCUCUGGCGCUGCACGAAGCCAUCAGAAACGGCCUCACCAAGAAGGACGGAGCAGAGAUCACAUAUCGCAUGUGGAACAGAACAUUUGAAGGUAAAAAAAAAAAAAAAACUCUUUGCUCCUUAUUACAUUUGAGUCCCAAAUGGCACCCUAUUCCAAAUGGCACCCUAUUCCAAAUGGCACCCUAUUCCAAAUGGCACCCUAUUCCAAAUGGCACCCUAUUCCAAAUGGCACCCUAUUCCCUACACAGUGAUUCUGUCUGAGUGUAAUAUGGAGUGAGCAGCUAGUAUCCCCAGCCCUGUUAACCAGAAAGUCAUAUCCCCAGACCUGUUAACCAGAAAGUCAUAUCCCCAGCCCUGUUAACCAGAAAGUCAUAUCCCCAGCCCUGUUAACCAGAAAGUCAUAUCCCCAGCCCUGUUAACCAGAAAGUCAUAUCCCCAGCCCUGUUAACCAGAAAGUCAUAUCCCCAGCCCUGUUAACCAGAAAGUCAUAUCCCCAGCCCUGUGAACCAGAAAGUCAUAUCCCCAGACCUGUUAACUACAAAGUCAUAUCCCCAGACCUGUUAACCAGAAAGACAUAUCCCCAGACCUGUUAACCAGAAAGUAAUAUCCCCAGACCUGUUAACUAGAAAGUCAUAUCCCCAGACCUGUUAACUAGAAAGUCAUAUCCCCAGCCCUGUUAACCAGAAAGUCAUAUCCCCAGCCCUGUGAACCAGAAAGUCAUAUCCCCAGACCUGUUAACCAGAAAGUCAUAUCCCCAGCCCUGUGAACCAGAAAGUCAUAUCCCCAGCCCUGUGAACCAGAAAGUCAUAUCCCCAGCCCUGUUAACCAGAAAGUCAUAUCCCCAGCCCUGUGAACCAGAAAGUCAUAUCCCCAGCCCUGUUAACCAGAAAGUCAUAUCCCCAGCCCUGUUAACUAGAAAGUCAUAUCCCCAGACCUGUUAACUAGAAAGUCAUAUCCCCAGCCCUGUUAACCAGAAAGUCAUAUCCCCAGCCCUGUUAACCAGAAAGUCAUAUCCCCAGACCUGUCAUAUCCCCAGCCCUGUUAACUAGAAAGUCAUAUCCCCAGCCCUGUGAACCAGAAAGUCAUAUCCCCAGCCCUGUUAACCAGAAAGUCAUAUCCCCAGACCUGUUAACCAGAAAGUCAUAUCCCCAGCCCUGUUAACCAGAAAGUCAUAUCCCCAGCCCUGUUAACUAGAAAGUCAUAUCCCCAGACCUGUUAACCAGAAAGUCAUAUCCCCAGCCCUGUGAACCAGAAAGUCAUAUCCCCAGCCCUGUGAACCAGAAAGUCAUAUCCCCAGACCUGUUAACCAGAAAGUCAUAUCCCCAGCCCUGUUAACCAGAAAGUCAUAUCCCCAGCCCUGUUAACUAGAAAGUCAUAUCCCCAGACCUGUUAACCAGAAAGUCAUAUCCCCAGCCCUGUGAACCAGAAAGUCAUAUCCCCAGCCCUGUGAACCAGAAAGUCAUAUCCCAGACCUGUUAACUAGAAAGUAAUAUCCCCAGCCCUGUUAACCAGAAAGUCAUAUCCCCAGCCCUGUUAACCAGAAAGUCAUAGCCCCAGACCUGUUAACUAGAAAGUCAUAUCCCCAGCCCUGUUAACCAGAAAGUCAUAUCCCAGACCUGUUAACUAGAAAGUCAUAUCCCCAGCCCUGUUAACCAGAAAGUCAUAUCCCCAGCCCUGUUAACCAGAAAGUCAUAUCCCCAGCCCUGUUAACCAGAAAGUCAUAGCCCCAGACCUGUUAACUAGAAAGUCAUAUCCCCAGCCCUGUUAACCAGAAAGUCAUAUCCCAGACCUGUUAACUAGAAAGUCAUAUCCCCAGCCCUGUUAACCAGAAAUUCAUAUCCCAGACCUGUUAACUAGAAAGUCAUAUCCCCAGCCCUGUUAACCAGAAAGUCAUAUCCCCAGCCAUGUUAACCAGAAAGUCAUAUCCCCAGCCCUGUUAACCAGAAAGUCAUAUCCCCAGCCCUGUUAACUAGAAAGUCAUAUCCCCAGCCCUGUUAACUAGAAAGUCAUAUCCCCAGCCCUGUUAACCAGAAAGUCAUAUCCCCAGCCCUGUUAACUAGAAAGUCAUAUCCCCAGCCCUGUUAACUAGAAAGUCAUAUCCCCAGCCCUGUUAACCAGAAAGUCAUAUCCCCAGCCCUGUUAACCAGAAAGUCAUAUCCCCAGACCUGUCACAUCCCCAGCCCUGUUAACUAGAAAGUCAUAUCCCCAGCCCUGUGAACCAGAAAGUCAUAUCCCCAGACCUGUCAUAUCCCCAGCCCUGUUAACUAGAAAGUCAUAUCCCCAGCCCUGUGAACCAGAAAGUCAUAUCCCCAGACCUGUUAACCAGAAAGUCAUAUCCCCAGCCCUGUUAACCAGAAAGUCAUAUCCCCAGCCCUGUUAACUAGAAAGUCAUAUCCCCAGACCUGUUAACCAGAAAGUCAUAUCCCCAGCCCUGUGAACCAGAAAGUCAUAUCCCAAGCCCUGUGAACCAGAAAGUCAUAUCCCAGACCUGUUAACUAGAAAGUUAUAUCCCCAGCCCUGUUAACCAGAAAGUCAUAUCCCCAGCCCUGUUAACCAGAAAGUCAUAGCCCCAGACCUGUUAACUAGAAAGUCAUAUCCCCAGCCCUGUUAACCAGAAAGUCAUAUCCCAGACCUGUUAACUAGAAAGUCAUAUCCCCAGCCCUGUUAACCAGAAAGUCAUAUCCCCAGCCCUGUUAACCAGAAAGUCAUAGCCCCAGCCCUGUUAACCAGAAAGUCAUAUCCCCAGCCCUGUUAACCAGAAAGUCAUAUCCCCAGCCCUGUUAACUAGAAAGUCAUAUCCCCAGCCCUGUUAACUAGAAAGUCAUAUCCCCAGCCCUGUUAACCAGAAAGUCAUAUCCCCAGCCCUGUUAACUAGAAAGUCAUAUCCCCAGCCCUGUUAACUAGAAAGUCAUAUCCCCAGCCCUGUUAACCAGAAAGUCAUAUCCCCAGCCCUGUUAACCAGAAAGUCAUAUCCCCAGACCUGUCAUAUCCCCAGCCCUGUUAACUAGAAAGUCAUAUCCCCAGCCCUGUGAACCAGAAAGUCAUAUCCCCAGACCUGUCAUAUCCCCAGCCCUGUUAACCAGAAAGUCAUAUCCCCAGACCUGUCAUAUCCCCAGCCCUGUUAACUAGAAAGUCAUAUCCCCAGCCCUGUUAACCAGAAAGUCAUAUCCCCAGACCUGUUAACCAGAAAGUCAUAUCCCCAGCCCUGUUAACCAGAAAGUCAUAUCCCCAGCCCUGUUAACUAGAAAGUCAUAUCCCCAGACCUGUUAACCAGAAAGUCAUAUCCCCAGCCCUGUUAACCAGAAAGUCAUAUCCCCAGCCCUGUUAACUAGAAAGUCAUAUCCCCAGACCUGUUAACCAGAAAGUCAUAUCCCCAGCCCUGUGAACCAGAAAGUCAUAUCCCCAGCCCUGUGAACCAGAAAGUCAUAUCCCAGACCUGUUAACUAGAAAGUCAUAUCCCCAGCCCUGUUAACCAGAAAGUCAUACCCCAGCCCUGUUAACCAGAAAGUCAUAUCCCCAGACCUGUUAACUAGAAAGUCAUAUCCCCAGCCCUGUUAACUAGAAAGUCAUAUCCCCAGCCCUGUUAACCAGAAAGUCAUAUCCCAGACCUGUUAACUAGAAAGUCAUAUCCCCAGCCCUGUUAACCAGAAAGUCAUAUCCCCAGACCUGUCAUAUCCCCAGCCCUGUUAACUAGAAAGUCAUAUCCCCAGCCCUGUUAACCAGAAAGUCAUAUCCCCAGCCCUGUUAACCAGAAAGUCAUAUCCCCAGACCUGUCAUAUCCCCAGCCCUGUUAACUAGAAAGUCAUAUCCCCAGCCCUGUUAACUAGAAAGUCAUAUCCCCAGCCCUGUUAACCAGGGCUGGGGAUUUCAUGUUGAUUUCAAGGCCUUCUAUUUGUCCUCAUCCAUUUGCCCCUGUGUGUGUGUGUGUUGUUGAUUUUGUUUUACUAUCCAUUAUGUUUCCUGUACAAUGUGAAUGAUUGUGAUUCGUUGGUAAGUGAUGCUAUUGAUUUGAGGAAAUUCUAAUAUUUGUAUUUUUUUAAACCCUCUGUUCCAUUUUACUGUUUUACUUAUCAUAUAUUAUUUCUCCCUUCAUGAAAUGCCUGUUUUAUGCAUUUUUCCUUUACACAUAUUUUGCUAGGUGAAGACUUUGUUUGUUUUUGGAUCAUCAAUCAAUAAACAUUCAAAUAAUCGUGGUCCUCUGUAGCUCAGCUGGUAGAGCACGGCGCUUGAAACGCCAAGGUAGUGGGUUCGAUCCCCGGGACCACCCAUACACAAAAAUGUAUGCACGCAUGACUGUAAGUCGCUUUGGAUAAAAGCGUCUGCUAAAUGGCAUAUUAUUAUUAUAUUAUAUCCCCAGACCUGUCAUAUCCCCAGCCCUGUUAACUAGAAAGUCAUAUCCCCAGCCCUGUUAACCAGAAAGUCAUAUCCCCAGACCUGUUAACCAGAAAGUCAUAUCCCCAGCCCUGUUAACCAGAAAGUCAUAUCCCCAGCCCUGUUAACUAGAAAGUCAUAUCCCCAGACCUGUUAACCAGAAAGUCAUAUCCCCAGACCUGUCAUAUCCCCAGACCUGUCAUAUCCCCAGACCUGUCAUAUCCCCAGACUACAAUUAAAGUGCUGUCUAAUAGGAGGGAGAUGAGUCAGAGUCAACACUGAGUACAGAACUCUUUCAUCUGCAAUGAUUAGAGUCCAGUUACAGAGCACAUGUACCCUGGCCAUGCCACAUUGCCAGCUCUUAAAUAACAAUGUUUUGUUCAAUAGGAAUCGUCAAGAACAGGGUCAUAUUUUCUUGUUAAAAUAAAUAAUAUUUUUUAAAUGCCAAAUAUUUGGGAACACAGGCGCAGGGAUGAAAUUAAAAUUGUUGGAGUGCCUGCCAACACAAAUGGUGGGAGGAGAGAUGGGAUUUCCUGUUAUGUCGGCCGGGGGACGGAAUUCCUCUACUCUGCUCUCCGCUCUCUGUUUUCCUUGGAAUGUUGGGCUCUUGUAGCUAAUUAUUUCUGCCAUUCUUUGCAUGCCGCUGGUCCUCUGGUUGCUGGGGCUAGGCAUCGCAGGCCAGGUGUCUAUGGACUUCAACGGGGACAGAUACGGAGACUUCUCUGUGAUGAGCAUGACCAACACAGAGGCGGGCACCUAUGAGGUAAGAACAGAACAGGGCCUCAAGCUAAUCCUAACCCUCCUGCAUGGCCCUUGAUCAGGGCCCUUAUUCGUAUAGCAUCUCAGACAAGGAGUGCUGAUCUAGGAUCAGGUCCCGCUUAUUAAUAAUAAUCUAAAAAAGCAAACUGAACCUAUAGCACUCCUUCUCUACACCUAUGAUAUAAGAAAAUAACAGAUAACUUCAUCCUGUAACCUCCUGCAUCUCCAGUCAUCAGAUGGGUUUGUUAGAUGGCUUAAAUCUUUCACAGUGGACCGAUAAAACCAUAUAAUGCCAUUUGGCUUUGUCAAAUGACCCCUUAUAGAUUCUCUUCAUAAAGGACUGUACAUUGAAAAACAAUGUAACUGGGAAUCAAAAUGGCGUGCCCCUACUCCAAUAUUUAACAACAAUGCUUUGCAAUCUGGAGGGCGGCCUUUUGCGUCCCCCAAUGUUCCAAAUGUGGAAUCCGUACCCUUGUCAAUAUCAUGGAUGGUAAUGGUUUGAAAAGAAUUCCAAGAUUUUACAUUUACAUUUAGAUUUGAAAGACACAUACACAUGACCAGGCAACUCCUUUUUUCUAUAUUUACAACUUAGGUCAGCUAUGCUAGCCUGUGGAGUCCCUUGGGAAACCCAACUACUGAACCAUCCGAUGAUGGAAUUUAUGAAACAAUUAUCUGGGCUCCCAAAAGGACCGAUCUCCAUAGUAUACAGUGAGGGGAAAAAAGUAUUUGAUCCCCUGCUGAUUUUGUACGUUUGCCCACUGACAAAGAAAUGAUCAGUCUAUCAUUUUAAUGGUAGGUUUAUUUGAACAGUGAGAGACAGAAUAACAACAAAAAAAUCCAGAAAAACGCAUGUCAAAAAUGUUAUAAAUUGAUUUGCAUUUUAAUGAGGGAAAUAAGUAUUUGACCCCCUCUCAAUCAGAAAGAUUUCUGGCUCCCAGGUGUCUUUUAUACAGGUAACGAGCUGAGAUUAGGAGCACACUCUUAAAGGGAGUGCUCCUAAUCUCAGUUUGUUACCUGUAUAAAAGACACCUGUCCACAGAAGCAAUCAAUCAAUCAGAUUCAAAACUCUCCACCAUGGCCAAGGCCAAAGAGCUCUCCAAGGAUGUCAGGGACAAGAUUGUAGACCUACACAAGGCUGGAAUGGGCUACAAGACCAUCGCCAAGCAGCUUGGUGAGAAGGUGACAACAGUUGGUGCGAUUAUUCGCAAAUGGAAGAAACACAAAAUAACUGUCAAUCUCCAUCGGCCUGGGGCUCCAUGCAAGAUCUCACCUCGUGGAGUUGCAAUGAUCAUGGAACGGUGAGGAAUCAGCCCAGAACUACACAGGAGGAUCUUGUCAAUGAUCUCAAGGCAGCUGGGACCAUAGUCACCAAGAAAACAAUUGGUAGCACACUACGCCGUGAAGGACUGAAAUCCUGCAGCGCCCGCAAGGUCCCCCUGCUCAAGAAAGCACAUAUACAUGCCCGUCUGAAGUUUGCCAAUGAACAUCUGAAUGAUUCAGAGGAGAACUGGGUGAAAGUGUUGUGGUCAGAUGAGACCAACAUCAAGCUCUUUGGCAUCAACUCAACUCGCCGUGUUUGGAGGAGGAGGAAUGCUGCCUAUGACCCCAAUAACACCAUCCCCACCGUAAAACAUGGAGGUGGAAACAUUAUGCUUUGGGGGUGUUUUUCUGCUAAGGGGAAAGGACAACUUCACUGCAUCAAAGGGACGAUGGACGGGGCCAUGUACCGUCAAAUCUUGGGUGAGAACCUCCUUCCCUCAGCCAGGGCAUUGAAAAUGGGUCGUGGAUGGGUAUUCCAGCAUGACAAUGACCCAAAACACACGGCCAAGGCAACAAAGGAGUGGCUCAAGAAGAAGCACAUUAAGGUCCUGGAGUGGCCUAGCCAGUCUCCAGACCUUAAUCCCAUAGAAAAUCUGUGGAGUUAGCUGAAGGUUCGAGUUGCCAAACGUCAGCCUCGAAACCUUAAAGACUUGGAGAAGAUCUGCAAAGAGGAGUGGGACAAAAUCCCUCCUGAGAUGUGUGCAAACCUGGUGGCCAACUACAAGAAACGUCUGACCUCUGUGAUUGCCAACAAGGGUUUUGCCACCAAGUACUAAGUCAUGUUUUGCAGAGGGGUCAAAUACUUAUUUCCCUUAUUAAAAUGCAAAUCAAUUUAUAAAAUUUUUGACAUGCAUUUAUCUGGAUUUUGUUGUUGUUAUUCUGUCUCUCCCUGUACAAAUAAACCUACCAUUAAAAUGAUAGACUGAUAAUUUCUUUGUCAGUGGGCAAACGUACAAAAUCAGCAGGGGAUCAAAUACUUUUUUCCCUCACUGUAUAAACAACUUUUGUAAAGCUCAUAUUCUGAGCUAGUCAUUAAAAAGUAUGGUCUACAGAUCUAAGUGAAUCUGAACAACCCUGUAGCCCUUUCCUGCAGUCUAUGCCCAAAAGCGCCCUCUUUGGCCUCAUGGGUGGAAUGUUAUUAAUGUUUUUAAUAAUUUCAUAAUUAAUAAAGAUACUUUUUAAAUAACUUGACAGUGUUUCUAUGUCCAACAGUUUUGUUAUAUUUCAGUCUUCUGUGAUGUGUAUAUAAAGUGUAAUAUAGGGAUAUAAACUCAAAAUUGAAUACAUUUCAACUCUAUAUCUGACAUGGUACAGGUGUCUUCUUUUUUCUAAGCCCAUAUCCAUGUGUGUGAUGUAUACUUUUGUUUCAAAGUAGAUUUGUUUAAGACUACCAAGAAACACUGUGUGUGACCCUGAUUUAGCCCACUGCAGUAAAAGGUUAAUUAGAACAGAAUAUGGAAAAAUAUGACUUUGGCAUCUCGUAAUCCGAACCAUCAAUUUAUACAUUUGAAGUUUGUUCACAGACCGUAUGGGAGGUUGGGGGAAUGGGAUGGGAUGGGAGGUUGGGGGAAUGGGAUGGGACGUUGGGGGAAUGGGAUGGGAUGGGAGGUUGGGGGAAUGGGAUGGGAUGGGAGGUUGGGGGGAAUGGGAUGGGAUGUUGGGGGGAAUGGGAUGGGAUGGGAGGUUGGGGGAAUGGGAUGGGAUGGGAUGGGAGGUUGGGGGAAUGGGAUGGGAUGGGAUGGGAGGUUGGGGGAAUGGGAUGGGAUGGGAGGUUGGGGGAAUGGGAUGGGAUGGGAUGGGAGGGUGGGGGAAUGGGAUGGGAUGGGAGGUUGGGGGAAUGGGAUGGGACGUUGGGGGAAUGGGAUGGGAUGGGAGGUUGGGGGAAUGGGAUGGGAUGGGAUGGGAGGUUGGGGGAAUGGGAUGGGAUGGGAUGGGAGGUUGGGGGAAUGGGAUGGGAUGGGAGGUUGGGGGAAUGGGAAGGGAUGUUGAGGGAAUGGGAUGGGAUGUUGGAGGAAUGGGAUGGGACGUUGGAAGAAUGGGAUGGGAGGUUGGGGGAAUGGGAUGGGAGGUUGGGGGAAUGGGAUGGGACUUUGGAGGACCUGAGCCCUAGGACCAUGCCUCAGGACUACCUGGCCUGAUGACUCCUGGCUGUCCCCAGUCCACCUGGUUGUGCUGCUGCUCCAGUUUCCACUCUUCUGCCUGCGGCUAUGGAACCCUGACCUGUUCACCGGACGUGCUAUCUUGUCCCAGACCUUCUGUUUUCAACUCUCUCUCUCUACCGCACCUGCUAUUUCAACCUCUAAAUGCCCGGCUAUGAAAAGCCAAGUGACAUUUACUCCUGAUGUACUGACCUGUUGCAACCUCUACAACCACUGUGAUUAUUAUUUGACCCUGCUGGUUAUCUAUAAACGUUUGAACAUCUUGGAGAAAAAGAUGGCCUUAAUGGCCAUGUACUGUUAUAAUCUCCACCCGGCACAGCCAGAAGGGGACUGGCCACCCCUCAGAGCCUGGUUCCUCUCUAGGUUUCUUCCUAAGUUUCUGGCUUUCUAGGGAGUUUUUCCCUAGCCACCAUGCUUCUACAUCAGCAUUGCUUGCGGUUUGGGGUUUUAGGCUGGGUUUUCUGUAUAGCACUUUGUGACAUCUGCUGAUGUAAAAAGGGCUUUAUAAAUGAAUUUGAUUGAUUGAUUGAUUGAUUGGAUGGGAUGUUGGAGGGAUGGGAGGUUGGUGGAAUGGGAUGGGAGGUUGGAGGAAUGGGAUGGGAGGUUGAAGGAAUGGGAUGGGACGUUGGGGGAAUGGGAUGGGAUGUUGGGGAAAUGGGACAUUGGGGGAAUGGGAUGGGACUUUGGGAGAAUGGGAUGGGAGGUUGGGGGAAUGAGACGUUGGGGGAAUGGGAUGGGAUGUUGGGGGAAUGGAACGUUGGGGGAAUGGGAUGGGAUUUUGGGAGAAUGGGAUGGGAGGUUGGGGGAAUGGGAUGGGACGUUGGAGGAAUGGGAUGGGAGGUUGGAGGAAUGGGAUGGGAUGUUGGGGAAAUGGGACAUUGGGGGAAUGGGAUGGGACUUUGGGAGAAUGGGAUGGGAGGUUGGGGGAAUGAGACGUUGGUUGGGGGAAUGAGACGUUGGGGGAAUGGGAUGGGAUGUUGGGGGAAUGGAACGUUGGGGGAAUGGGAUGGGAUUUUGGGAGAAUGGGAUGGGAGGUUGGGGGAAUGGGAUGGGACGUUGGAGGAAUGGGAUGGGAGGUUGGAGGAAUGGGAUGGGAUGUUGGGGGAAUGGGACAUUGGGGGAAUGGGAUGGGAGGUUGGGGGAAUGGGAUGGGAGGUUGGGGGAAUGGGAUGGGAGGUUGGAGGAAUGGGAUGGGAGGUUGGAGGAAUAGGAUGGGAGGUUAGGGGAAUGGGAUGGGAUGGGAGGUUGGAGGGAUGGGAUGGGAGGUUAGGGGAAUGGGAUGGGAUGGGAGGUUGGAGGGAUGGGAGGUUGGGGGAAUGGGAUGGGAGGUUGGAGGAAUGGUUUGGAUGCUGGAGGGAUGGGAUGUUGGAGGAAUGGGAUGGGAGGUUGGGGGAAUGGGAUGGGAGGUUGGGGGAAUGGGAUGGGAUGGGAGGUUGGGGGAAUGGGAUGGGGGUUGGGGGAAUGGGAUGGGAGGUUGGGGGAAUGGGAUGGGGGUUGGGGGUGGAGGCUCACUUCUUUUAGUUUAUUUUCCUUUGCAUACUGGUUGUAUUGUUACUUUUUGAUUCUGUAAUAUGAUCUUAAUGAUCAAUACUUUAUAUUUAUGGACCUUUUUUAAAAAUGUUUUUUCUUUUUGAGUGACAGCCAACAGGAAAAUGUUAACGGAGUAUGAGAUUGUAUGAGUUUGAUUGAGGUUGACUGUUCUUGUUUCAGAGGUGUGUAGCUAAUUACUUUGGUGUCUGUGUGUUUUCAGACUGUGUGUAACUACUUUGGUGUGAACGAGAGUUUCCAGAUGCUUCCGGUGUUCAACCCGGAACACUUCACCCUGAGAGGACGGCACAGAGUGCACCACGCAGACCUGCCAGACACAUCAUGUAAAUGACCUCUACAGCUUCUCUCUCUGUCUACACACAUCAAGCCAUGAGAUUGAAACACCCAUUGUUUUGUCUCAGAUGUUUUCUGUAGAGGUUCAGUGCUUGACAUGGGACUGAAAUAGGUGCCGGUACUGUUUAUAUUCAGGUGCAGGAGCUCUACAAUACUUUAGAGCUAAUAAAACAAACAGGAGCUCAAGCCUGCAGGUAUUCAGCUCAAGCCUGCAGGUAUUCAGCUCAAGCCUGCAGGUAUUCAGCUCAAGCCUAAAGGUAUUCAGCUCAAGCCUAAAGGUAUUCAGCUCAAGCCUAAAGGUAUUCAGCUCAAGCCUAAAGUUAUUCAGCUCAAGCCUGCAGGUAUUCAGCUCAAGCAUGCAGGUAUUCAGCUCAAGCAUGCAGGUAUUUGUCUGAUGUCGUCCCCUAAGGGCAAACCCCACCCAUCUGGCCAAUCAAGUUAAAGAAUAGUGUAACACAGAUGUGUAGCUGAGGUGCUGUUAGCCUAACUAAUAGCCUCCCCCUUCCUCUCCAAGCAGGUGGACUAGGAGUAUCUGCUGUUACUGGGAUCAUAGUGGGAGCCCUGCUGGGGACAGCACUGCUCAUGGCCUUCUACUUCAUCAGGUAAGACAGAACUGACAGAUAUAUGGGGAAUACAGACAUGACAGCUAUAGAAAUACAGACAUGACAGCUAUAGGGGGAAUAGAGACAUGACAGCUAUAGGGGGAAUACAGACAUGACAGCUAUAGGGGGAAUACAGACAUGACAGCUAUAGGAAUACAGACAUGACAGCUAUAGGGGGAAUACAGACAUGACAGCUAUAGGGGGAAUACAGACAUGACAGCUAUAGGGGGAAUACAGACAUGACAGCUAUAGGAGGAAUACAGACAUGACAGCUAUAGGGGGAAUACAGACAUGACAGCUAUAGGGGGAAUACAGACAUGACAGCUAUAGGGGGAAUACAGACAUGACAGCUAUAGGGGGAAUACAGGCAUGACAGCUAUAGGGGGAAUACAGGCAUGACAGCUAUAGGAGGAAUACAGACAUGACAGCUAUAGGAGGAAUACAGACAUGACAGCUAUAGGAAUACAUACAUGACAGCUAUAAGGGGAAUACAGACAUGACAGCUAUAGGAAUACAGACAUGACAGCUAUAGGGGGAAUACAGACAUGACAGCUAUAGGGGGAAUACAGACAUGACAGCUAUAGGGGGAAUACAGACAUGACAGCGAUAGGGGGAAUACAGACAUGACAGCUAUAGGGGGAAUACAGACAUGACAGCUAUAGGAGGAAUACAGAAAUGACAGCUAUAGGGGGAAUACAGACAUGACAGCUAUAGGGGGAAUACAGACAUGACAGCUAUAGGUGGAAUACAGACAUGACAGCUAUAGGAAUACAGACAUGACAGCUAUAGGGGGAAUACAGACAUGACAGCUAUAGGGGGAAUACAGGCAUGACAGCUAUAGGGGGAAUACAGGCAUGACAGCUAUAGGGGGAAUACAGGCAUGACAGCUAUAGGAGGAAUACAGACAUGACAGCUAUAGGAGGAAUACAGACAUGACAGCUAUAGGAAUACAGACAUGACAGCUAUAAGGGGAAUACAGACAUGACAGCUAUAGGGGGAAUACAGACAUGACAGCUAUAGGGGGAAUACAGACAUGACAGCUAUAGGGGGAAUACAGACAUGACAGCUAUAGGGGGAAUACAGACAUGAUAGCUAUAGGGGGAAUACAGCCAUGACAGCUAUAGGAGGAAUACAGACAUGACAGCUAUAGGGGGAAUACAGACAUGAUAGCUAUAGGGGGAAUACAGCCAUGACAGCUAUAGGAGGAAUACAGACAUGACAGCUAUAGGGGGAAUACAGACAUGAUAGCUAUAGGGGGAAUACAGCCAUGACAGCUAUAGGGGGAAUACAGACAUGACAGCUAUAGGAAUACACACAUGACAGCUAUAGGAAUACAGACAUGACAGCUAUAGGGGGAAUACAGACAUGACAGCUAUAGGGGGAAUACAGACAUGACAGCUAUAGGGGGAAUACAGACAUGACAGCUAUAGGAGGAAUACAGACAUGACAGCUAUAGGGGGAAUACAGACAUGACAGCUAUAGGGGGAAUACAGACAUGACAGCUAUAGGGGGAAUACAGACAUGAAUGACAGCUAUAGGGGGAAUACAGACAUGACAGCUAUAUGGGGAAUACAGACAUGACAGCUAUAGGAAUACAGACAUGACAGCUAUAGGGGGAAUACAGACAUGACAGCUAUAGGGGGAAUACAGACAUGACAGCUAUAGGAAUACAGACAUGACAGCUAUAGGGGGAAUACAGACAUGACAGCUAUAGGGGGAAUACAGACAUGACAGCUAUAGGGGGAAUACAGACAUGACAGCUAUAGGAAUACAGACAUGACAGCUAUAGGGGGAAUACAGACAUGACAGCUAUAGGGGGAAUACAGACAUGACAGCUAUAGGGGGAAUACAGACAUGACAGCUAUAGGAAUACAGACAUGACAGCUAUAGGGGGAAUACAGACAUGACAGCUAUAGGGGGAAUACAGACAUGACAGCUAUAGGGGGAAUACACACAUGACAGCUAUAGGAAUACAGACAUGACAGCUAUAGGAAUACAGACAUGACAGCUAUAGGAGGAAUACAGACAUGACAGCUAUAGGGGGAAUACAGACAUGACAGCUAUAGGAAUACAGACAUGACAGCUAUAGGAGGAAUACAGACAUGACAGCUAUAGGGGGAAUACAGACAUGGCAGCUAUAGGGGGAAUACAGACAUGACAGCUAUAUGGGGAAUACAGACAUGAAUGACAGCUAUAGGGGGAAUACAGACAUGACAGCUAUAUGGGGAAUACAGACAUGACAGCUAUAGGAAUACAGACAUGACAGCUAUAGGGGGAAUACAGACAUGACAGCUAUAGGGGGAAUACAGACAUGACAGCUAUAGGAAUACAGACAUGACAGCUAUAGGGGGAAUACAGACAUGACAGCUAUAGGGGGAAUACAGACAUGACAGCUAUAGGGGGAAUACAGACAUGACAGCUAUAGGGGGAAUACAGACAUGACAGCUAUAGGGGGAAUACAGACAUGACAGCUAUAGGAAUACAGACAUGACAGCUAUAGGGGGAAUACAGACAUGACAGGUAUAGGGGGAAUACAGACAUGACAGCUAUAGGAGGAAUACAGACAUGACAGCUAUAGGGGGAAUACAGACAUGACAGCUAUAGGGGGAAUACAGACAUGACAGCUAUAGGAAUACAGACAUGACAGCUAUAGGAAUACAGACAUGACAGCUAUAGGAGGAAUACAGACAUGACAGCUAUAGGAGGAAUACAGACAUGACAGCUAUAGGAAUACAGACAUGACAGCUAUAGGAGGAAUACAGACAUGACAGCUAUAGGGGGAAUACAGACAUGACAGCUAUAGGAGGAAUACAGACAUGACAGCUAUAGGAGGAAUACAGACAUGACAGCUAUAGGGGGAAUACAGACAUGACAGCUAUAGGAGGAAUACAGACAUGACAGCUAUAGGGGGAAUACAGACAUGACAGCUAUAGGAGGAAUACAGACAUGACAGCUAUAGGGGGAAUACAGACAUGACAGCUAUAGGAGGAAUACAGACAUGACAGCUAUAGGAGGAAUACAGACAUGACAGCUAUAGGGGGAAUACAGACAUGACAGCUAUAGGAGGAAUACAGACAUGACAGCUAUAGGAAUAUAGACAUGACAGCUAUAGGGGGAAUACAGACAUGACAGCUAUAGGAAUACAGACAUGACAGCUAUAGGAAUACAGACAUGACAGCUAUAGGAGGAAUACAGACAUGACAGCUAUAGGGGGAAUACAGACAUGACAGCUAUAGGGGGAAUACAGACAUGACAGCUAUAGGAGGAAUACAGACAUGACAGCUAUAGGGGGAAUACAGACAUGACAGCUAUAGGAAUACAGACAUGACAGCUAUAGGGGGAAUACAGACAUGACAGCUAUAGGAGGAAUACAGACAUGACAGCUAUAGGGGGAAUACAGACAUGACAGCUAUAGGAGGAAUACAGACAUGACAGCUAUAGGAGGAAUACAGACAUGACAGCUAUAGGGGGAAUACAGACAUGACAGCUAUAGGAGGAAUACAGACAUGACAGCUAUAGGAAUAUAGACAUGACAGCUAUAGGGGGAAUACAGACAUGACAGCUAUAGGAAUACAGACAUGACAGCUAUAGGAGGAAUACAGACAUGACAGCUAUAGGGGGAAUACAGACAUGACAGCUAUAGGAAUACAGACAUGACAGCAAUAGGAGGAAUACAGACAUGACAGCUAUAGGGGGAAUACAGACAUGACAGCUAUAGGAGGAAUACAGACAUGACAGCUAUAGGAGGAAUACAGACAUGACAGCUAUAGGGGGAAUACAGACAUGACAGCUAUAGGAGGAAUACAGACAUGACAGCUAUAGGGGGAAUACAGACAUGACAGCUAUAGGAGGAAUACAGACAUGACAGCUAUAGGGGGAAUACAGACAUGACAGCUAUAGGAGGAAUACAGACAUGACAGCUAUAGGAGGAAUACAGACAUGACAGCUAUAGGGGGAAUACAGACAUGACAGCUAUAGGAGGAAUACAGACAUGACAGCUAUAGGAAUAUAGACAUGACAGCUAUAGGGGGAAUACAGACAUGACAGCUAUAGGAAUACAGACAUGACAGCUAUAGGAAUACAGACAUGACAGCUAUAGGAGGAAUACAGACAUGACAGCUAUAGGGGGAAUACAGACAUGACAGCUAUAGGAGGAAUACAGACAUGACAGCUAUAGGAAUACAGACAUGACAGCUAUAGGGGGAAUACAGACAUGACAGCUAUAGGAGGAAUACAGACAUGACAGCUAUAGGGGGAAUACAGACAUGACAGCUAUAGGAAUACAGACAUGACAGCUAUAGGGGGAAUACAGACAUGACAGCUAUAGGAAUACAGACAUGACAGCUAUAGGGGGAAUACAGACAUGACAGCUAUAGGGGGAAUACAGACAUGACAGCUAUAGGAAUACAGACAUGACAGCUAUAGGGGGAAUACAGACAUGACAGAUAUAGGAAUAUAGACAUGACAGCUAUAGGAGGAAUACAGACAUGACAGCUAUAGGGGGAAUACAGACAUGACAGCUAUAGGAAUACAGACAUGACAGCUAUAGGGGGAAUACAGACAUGACAGAUAUAGGAAUAUAGACAUGACAGCUAUAGGAGGAAUACAGACAUGACAGCUAUAGGAAUACAGACAUGACAGCUAUAGGGGGAAUACAGACAUGACAGAUAUAGGAAUAUAGACAUGACAGCUAUAGGGGGAAUACAGACAUGACAGCUAUAGGAAUACAGACAUGACAGCUAUAGGGGGAAUACAGACAUGACAGAUAUAGGAAUAUAGACAUGACAGCUAUAGGGGGAAUACAGACAUGACAGAUAUAGGAAUAUAGACAUGACAGCUAUAGGGGGAAUACAGACAUGACAGAUAUAGGAAUAUAGACAUGACAGCUAUAGGGGGAAUACAGACAUGACAGAUAUAGGAAUAUAGACAUGACAGCUAUAGGGGGAAUACAGACAUGACAGCUAUAUGAAUACAGACAUGACAGCUAUAGGGGGAAUACAGACAUGACAGAUAUAGGAAUAUAGACAUGACAGCUAUAGGAGGAAUACAGACAUGACAGCUAUAGGGGGAAUACAGACAUGACAGCUAUAGGAAUACAGACAUGACAGCUAUAGGGGGAAUACAGACAUGACAGAUAUAGGAAUAUAGACAUGACAGCUAUAGGAGGAAUACAGACAUGACAGCUAUAGGGGGAAUACAGACAUGACAGCUAUAGGAGGAAUACAGACAUGACAGCUAUAGGGGGAAUACAGACAUGACAGCUAUAGGGGGAAUAGAGACAUGACAGCUAUAGGGGGAAUACAGACAUGACAGCUAUAGGAGGAAUACAGACAUGACAGCUAUAGGGGGAAUACAGACAUGACAGCUAUAGGGGGAAUACAGACAUGACAGCUAUAGGGGGAAUACAGACAUGACAGCUAUAGGAGGAAUACAGACAUGACAGCUAUAGGGGGAAUACAGACAUGACAGCUAUAGGAAUACAUACAUGACAGCUAUAGGAGGAAUACAGACAUGACAGCUAUAGGGGGAAUACAGACAUGACAGCUAUAGGAGGAAUACAGACAUGACAGCUAUAGGGGGAAUACAGACAUGACAGCUAUAGGGGGAAUAGAGACAUGACAGCUAUAGGAGGAAUACAGACAUGACAGCUAUAGGGGGAAUACAGACAUGACAGCUAUAGGAGGAAUACAGACAUGACAGCUAUAGGAAUACAGACAUGACAGCUAUAGGAGGAAUACAGACAUGACAGCUAUAGGGGGAAUACAGACAUGACAGCUAUAGGAAUAUAGACAUGACAGCUAUAGGGGGAAUACAGACAUGACAGCUAUAGGAAUACAGACAUGACAGCUAUAGGAGGAAUACAGACAUGACAGCUAUAGGGGGAAUACAGACAUGACAGCUAUAGGAAUACAGACAUGACAGCUAUAGGAGGAAUACAGACAUGACAGCUAUAGGGGGAAUACAGACAUGACAGCUAUAGGGGGAAUACAGACAUGACAGCUAUAGGAGGAAUACAGACAUGACAGCUAUAGGGGGAAUACAGACAUGACAGCUAUAGGGGGAAUACAGACAUGACAGCUAUAGGGGGAAUACAGACAUGACAGCUAUAGGGGGAAUACAGACAUGACAGCUAUAGGGGGAAUACAGACAUGACAGCUAUAGGAAUACAGACAUGACAGCUAUAGGAGGAAUACAGACAUGACAGCUAUAGGAGGAAUACAGACAUGACAGCUAUAGGGGGAAUACAGACAUGACAGCUAUAGGAGGAAUACAGACAUGACAGCUAUAGGAGGAAUACAGACAUGACAGCUAUAGGGGGAAUACAGACAUGACAGCUAUAGGAGGAAUACAGACAUGACAGCUAUAGGGGGAAUACAGACAUGACAGCUAUAGGAGGAAUACAGACAUGACAGCUAUAGGGGGAAUACAGACAUGACAGCUAUAGGAGGAAUACAGACAUGACAGCUAUAGGAGGAAUACAGACAUGACAGCUAUAGGGGGAAUACAGACAUGACAGCUAUAGGAGGAAUACAGACAUGACAGCUAUAGGAAUAUAGACAUGACAGCUAUAGGGGGAAUACAGACAUGACAGCUAUAGGAAUACAGACAUGACAGCUAUAGGAAUACAGACAUGACAGCUAUAGGAAUACAGACAUGACAGCUAUAGGAAUACAGACAUGACAGCUAUAGGAGGAAUACAGACAUGACAGCUAUAGGGGGAAUACAGACAUGACAGCUAUAGGGGGAAUACAGACAUGACAGCUAUAGGAGGAAUACAGACAUGACAGCUAUAGGGGGAAUACAGACAUGACAGCUAUAGGGGGAAUACAGACAUGACAGCUAUAGGAAUACAGACAUGACAGCUAUAGGAAUACAGACAUGACAGGUAUAGGGGGAAUACAGACAUGACAGCUAUAGGGGGAAUACAGCCAUGACAGCUAUAGGAGGAAUACAGACAUGACAGCUAUAGGAAUACAGACAUGACAGGUAUAGGGGGAAUACAGACAUGACAGCUAUAGGGGGAAUACAGCCAUGACAGCUAUAGGGGGAAUACAGACAUGACAGCUAUAGGAGGAAUACAGACAUGACAGCUAUAGGAAUACAGACAUGACAGCUAUAGGGGGAAUACAGACAUGACAGCUAUAGGGGGAAUACAGACAUGACAGCUAUAGGAAUACAGACAUGACAGCUGUAGGGUAAUCAUCACCGUAAACAAAAUUACUUGCCUGGUCUAAAUAAAAGUGUAAUGAAUGUGAAGAUGAACUCAAAGCCUUUUGUUUUUUUCCUAACAGGAAGAACUACACUAUAACCAUUGAGAGGCGCACGGCGAGGGAGGAACGUGACAUCGGGAAGCGUCGUCAGUUACGAGAAGAUUCUAUCAGAUCUAACUUCUCGGCGGCGUAG